AUUAAAUAUUUUGCACUUGCAAAGUUUUAACAGAGUUGUGUACCUUGAACUUAUGCCUAAAUAAAGAAUGAACUGAGCCUUGAUGCAGAGUGGACUCAAAACACUGCCUGGCCACUAGAUGGCACUGUAUUAUGCAGUUACAACGGAACGUGUCACAACGUCACAGCGUCAAUCAGGAAACGCUAAGGGCGACACUUUCAGUGACAGACAACUCGUCCACCUUCUUGCUGUGGUGGUGUUUUAUAACUCCAUAUAAUAUGGUUCGCCACAGUAAACUACAGAAACAGGUCCUGUCCCUGUAUCGUCAGUUUCUUCGUGCUGCACAGGACAAGCCGGGAUUUAUUCCGAGAAUACGCGAUGAAUUUCGCACCAAUUCUGCGAUCAAGAAGAGUGACGUCAUGCACAUUGAGUAUCUGUAUCGACGCGCACAGCGUCAGCUGGAACUGCUUAAAGAUGUAAACACUAAACAACUUGGAUCCUUUAGCAAGUUUGAAAAUGUCAGUUGAGACUCAAUCUGUGAUUGGCCAUAUAAUCUUGAUUGUAUUAAAAUAUGUAACCUGCAAAGAACAGAUUAUUUUGGACCUCUUAUCUCUGGCUGCAUUAUCCGAAUAAAGACCAGUGAGAUUGUCACUCACCCCUGGGUAACACAAGCAACACUAUUAUUGUAGUAUUUGAGUAUUAUUGCAGGAACUGAAGGAAAAUAAAAUGGACAAGUUACUGUUUUACUUUGUUAUUUAAAUUAUUUAAUAUAAAUAAACAACUUAUUAUUAGUAUUCUUGCUUUUUUCUGUAGUUGCUUAUGUGUAAAUACAGCAGAUGUAUGUAGUUGAAUUUUUUAUAGGUACACUGGAUUUGAUACUGAUGUUAAUGCAAACUCAUGAAUUGAAUAUUAAAAUAGUGCAUAUUAUCAUCACACUUUGUGCCACUCUCUAAAAUGGUUCAACAACAGAAAUAAUAUUAUAAUAUUGAGUCAUAGCCGCAGCAAAUUCAACUGCUUAUGCUAUCAUGUAUUUUGUUGUGCUAUCUGUCGUUUUUCUGUGCUUUUCACUGCUUCUAUUCAUGUAAAGCUGCUUUGAAACAAUUGACUUUUGUGAAAAGCGCUAUAUAAAUAAAAUUGAAUUGAAUUGAAAAA